CUUCCGCCCAGGGGCCGACGGGCGUUGUUGUGGGUCAGCGUGGAAGCACGUGAAGAGCGCAACGUCAUCAUAAACACUCCGGCAACAUGGCGGCGCCUCCGAGCGGCAAGGUUUUAUAUGAGCAAGAUGGUGUGUUCAUUCAUCCGUCCUGUGGAAAAAAUGAUGAUCAGGACAACUUCAUAUCAGGAGUACUACGUGUCAUAGAGAAGGAAAAUGAAGUUAUAGUAGACUGGAGACCACAGGAUGAUACUUUGGAUACUUCUAAUAUCCUCUGUGCAGGAAAGGAUUCCAGCUCUGUGGUAGAGUGGACUCCAGCACCCAAAGAAAAAUCCUCCCGAGGAUCAGACCGUCCAAACAAUUAUGAAGCAGAAUGGGACAUGGUCACCACCGUCUCCUUUAAAAAGAAACCCCAUUCAAAUGGAGAUGCUACAAAUCACACAAAUGGAGAAAGCACGUGGUCAUUCCUCUUCAGUUUGACAGAUCUGAAAUCAAUCAAACAAAACAAAGAAGGCAUGGGAUGGUCUUAUUUGGUGUUCUGUCUGAAGGAUGAUGUGAAGCUUCCAGCUCUACACUUUCAUCACGGAGACAGCAAACUUUUUAUUAAAUGCCUUGAAAAUCAUGUUGUGCUGAGAGAAUCUCCACAGGAUAAACUCAUUCUUCUUGUGAACUCUCAGAAUAAGUCUCUGUCUCAAUCAUUUGAAAACCUCCUAGAUGAACCAUCAUAUGGCUUACUGCAGAAAUGGAAGAAAGAUCCAUACACGGUAACAAUGGGAAGGUUUUCCAAAGUCACAAACUAUAUUUUUGAUAGCUUCCGAUUAAGUGACCCUUCAACUCAAAGGCGACCACCCUCAGAAAUGGCAGACUUCCUCAACGAUGCUAUUCCAGGGUUGAAGAUAAAUCAGCAGGAGGAACCAGGAUUUGAAGUCAUUACACGAAUCGAUCUAGGAGAACAGCCUGAAGUUAGUAGAAGAGAGCCUGUGUCAAUUGAAGAAUGGGCUAAAAAUAUGGAUUCUGAAGGAAGAAUUUUAAAUGUAGACUACAUAAAGCAAUCAAUAUUCAAAGGGGGACUCUGCCAUACUCUAAGAAAAGAAGCAUGGAAAUUUCUUUUGGGAUAUUUUCCUUGGAAUAGCACUAAAGAAGAGAGAGCAAACUUGCAAAAAAGGAAAACGGAUGAAUAUUUCAGGAUGAAACUGCAGUGGAAGUCUGUCAGUGAGGAGCAGGAAAAACGAAAUUCAAGGUUAAGAGACUACAGGAGUCUCAUAGAGAAAGAUGUGAACAGAACAGAUAGAACAAAUAAGUUCUAUGAAGGUGAAGAUAAUCCAGGAUUGAUUUUACUUCAUGAUAUUUUGAUGACUUAUUGCAUGUAUGACUUCGACUUAGGUUAUGUCCAGGGAAUGAGCGACUUGCUUUCACCUGUCUUGUAUGUUAUGGAGAAUGAAGUAGAUGCCUUUUGGUGUUUUGUGUCAUAUAUGGAUCAAAUGCAUCAGAAUUUUGAAGAACAGAUGCAGGGUAUGAAGACACAACUAAUUCAGCUGAGUACUUUGCUUCGUUUACUAGACAGUGGAUUUUGCAGUUAUUUAGAAUCUCAAGACUCAGGCUACCUUUAUUUUUGCUUCCGAUGGCUUCUCAUCAGAUUUAAAAGGGAAUUUAGCUUUCAAGAUAUUCUUCGACUCUGGGAGGUCAUGUGGACAGAAUUGCCUUGCCAGAAUUUUCAUCUUCUCCUCUGUUGUGCUAUCUUAGAAUCUGAAAAACAGCAAAUAAUGGAAAAGCAGUAUGGCUUUAAUGAAAUAUUAAAGCAUAUCAAUGAACUGUCUAUGAAAAUUGAUGUGGAAUAUAUACUCUGCAAAGCAGAAGCAAUUUCGAUGCAGAUGAUGAAUUGCAAGGAGUUGCCUCAAGCAGUUAGUGAGAUCCUGGGGAUAGAAAGCAGUUCUGUAACACCAGAUUCAGAUACUGGGGAGGAUGAAAGUGGAGCUGUGCUGAGCUGUCCUACGUCUCACAGUAUCUCAACACCUGUAAUCGCUGCCAAUGGAACAAGAGAAAGCACUCAACAGAUGUCUGAGAUGCAGAGCUUGGCACCUGCAUAAUUACAACUGAUUAAAUUGAAGAAGGACUUUACUGAGCACGUUGUCUCUGAGCACUUGAGAGAUGGAUAUUUAAAUUUGGUGUUGAUUAAGCUUUAAGGUUGGAAAGAAAAUCUGUACUGUAAUGCUCUUGCAUUAAAGCUUUACAACAUGACUCAA